GUCACUCACCACACCAACCUUUUGCCUUGUGCAAGGAGGUUUUAGGUCGUGUACCCUUCACAAUAAGAGCUCUCUAUAAAAGGAUCAUCUCAUUAUUGUUUACUUGCUGCAAGAACUUCAGCUAAUUAAAACUCCUACCAAUCACUAUGUUGGAGGGACAUCAAGUUUUUGGCUUUGGCUUUGUUGUAGUUGGUUUGUGGCAUCUCUUCAACAACGUGAAGCUCCAUGCACUUAGUUCCAAAUCCUUCACAUCAACCCUAUGGUUUCCCACCACAAAAUCAAGAUAUUUAGAACUCUACUUUGUGAUGGCAUGCAGCACAAUCUUCAUCUCCUUGGAGCUUUUCAUUUCUCCAGUUCAUCACCAACCAUUUGACCCUGAUGGAACCAUUCCCACCAACCAUCUCCACAACUUUGAACACUCCUCCAUGGCCAUGUCCUUCUUGGUCUAUGCCUUCUUUGCCCUAGUUCUUGAUGCAAAAUGCUCUAAAGCUCAACACGAGUUAACUCAUCUCUUAGGAGCCUUAGCUUUUUCCCAAGAAUACCUCCUCAUCCACUUUCACUCCUCAAAUCACAUUGGACCAGAAAACCAAUACCACUACUUCUUGCAACUUCUGAUUCUUGUUUCCAUUAUCACCACCCUCAUGGGAAUUGGCUACCCUAAGAGCUUCUUGCUCGGCUUUGUUCGUUCCGUGAACAUAGUUUUCCUCGGUGUGUGGCUUAUAGUUACAGGGUUUCUGCUUUAUACGCCAGGGUUUCAAUCCAAAGGGUGCGUCUCGCACGUUAAAGAAUAUAAGGUCACAUGCAGUGACGAUAAGGCUCGUCAUCGUGCUGUUGCUUUGGUGAACAUUCAGUUCAGUUGGCUAUUGAUUGGAAUCACCAUUUUCGCUAUGUGUUUCUACUUGGUUUUGGUUAGAAUAUACGGUGAAAAGGUGGAGUAUGUUUCGUUGAGCAAGGAGGAAUGUUACCUUGAAGAAGAUGAGUCAAACAUUGACAUUGAAUGCCAGAAGAAAAGCAUACAGGGGAAAGUUUAAAACAUGGUUUUUCCCCAGAGCUAAAAAAUUUCACAUUUAGUUUCUUGUAUUCGAAAUUAUUUUUAUUUAAAUGCUUUGGGGUUGCAGGUUCGAUGUUAUUUGAUUUGAUGUAUACAAAAAUCAUUGUCCUCCAUUCCUCCUGUAAUAAUGUAUUUGGAGUAGGCUUGCUUUUGCUAAUCAAUUAGGAUGAAACAAUUGGCUUGGUUGCAUAAACGGUUAAAAUAACUAUCUUAUCUCCAACUACUAUUCUUUAAUAUAAAAAAACUAUCAUUCUUAUACUCA